AUGGGCUCCUCAACUUGUUCGGCCAGCUCAAAGGGAAUUGGUGAGGACGCUGACCUGGAAGAAGAGGACGAAGAUGAUGUUGCUGAGGUAGUUGGCGAAUGUGACGAGGUAGAGGACCCAUCAUCCGCCGAGGAAGAAACGAACGAGUGUGUGCUGGGUGAAGAGUCUGAGGCGGCGGAAAGGGGUGAAUCUUGGCCAUGGUCAUCAUCACCUGGGUCAUUUGGAGGGUCUGCCGAUACAUUCUAUAUAUCAAGAGGCCAAGUCAGCCAAGAAGUCAAGUUCCGAACCGGUUGGGUAGGUGUUCGACGUCCCAUAAUAUGA